AUCUUUCAGCUCUGCCACACCGAAUUUCAGCUACUUGCCCCUUAUCAAUGCAACGUGACUUUAAGAAGCAAUAAUAGAUUGCCAUAUACAAAAAAUACAAGGCAAUAAGCAGCUUCUUGAUAGCUCAUUCUCUGAUUUUAUAUAACAUCACCAAGAUCAUGAUUUUAAAUGCAAUGGCCAUCUACAUUCAACUGCAAGAUAUCAUAUUGUACUCCCUUGAAUUUUUUUCGGCAAUUAUUUUAUGGAGAUUUUUCAAUACCUACGUCCUCAGAAUGAACACUUGUCCCGGGCCACCAGAACCAUCAGGGAAAUGGCCGUUAAUUGGUCACUUCCAUCUUCUUGGUGCAAACAAGAUACUACAUCAUACACUUGGAGACAUGGCCGAUCGAUACGGGCCAGUCUUCUCUUUGAAAUUGGGAAUUAACAGAACUCUUGUGGUCACUAGUUGGGAAGUCGCGAAAGAAUGUUUUACAACACAGGACAAGGUCUUCGCCUCUCGUCCAACAUCUGUAGUUGGGAAAGUAGCAGGAUACAACAACAGAGUUAUGAUAUUUCAGGAAUAUGGAUCAUAUUGGCGCGAGAUACGUAAGCUAGCAGUGAUUGAGCUUCUGACAAAUCGUCGACUGGAAAUGCUCAAACAUGUUCGGGAAUCAGAGGUGAAUGUUUUCAUUAGGGAGCUAUAUGAGCAAUGGUCAAGCAAUGGGAAUGGAAGCAAAGUUGUGGUGGAAAUGAAAGAAAGGUUCGGGGAUCUGACAACAAAUAUCGUUGUCAGGACAGUGACAGGUAAGAAAUGUUCUGGUACUGGUGCGCGUGGUAAUGAAGAGUCGAGGCGAUUCCAGAAGGCCAUGGCGGAUUUCAUGUACCUGACAGGGCUGUUUAUGGUUACUGAUGCACUUCCUUUACUUAGUUGGAUAGACAGUUUUAAGGGAUACAGGGGUAAAAUGAGGAACACCGCGGAAGAGAUUGAUCAUGUUCUUGGAAGCUGGUUGAAGGAACAUCAGCAGAAAAGGAAAAAUCUAAGCAUUAAUCAUUCAGAGGAGGACUUCAUUUAUGUUAUGCUGUCUGCCAUGGACCGGAACCAGUUUCCUGACAUUGACACUGAUACUGCCAUCAAGGGCACUUGUUUAAGUCUUAUCUUAGGUGGUUAUGAUACGACAUCAGCCACACUAGUGUGGGCGCUCUCACUAAUACUAAACAACCGUCAUGUGUUAAAGAAAGCACAAGCUGAAAUGGACAAGUGCAUAGGAAGAGAUCGCCAAGUAAAGGAAUCAGACAUAAUAAAUUUACCUUAUUUGCUAGCCAUAGUCAAGGAAACCCUCAGAUUAUAUCCAGCACUCCCACUAUCCAUCCAACACGAAGCAAUGAAAGAUUGCACGGUGGCAGGAUUCAACAUUCCAGCAGGCACAAGAUUAGUCGUGAACCUCUGGAAGAUGCAUCGUGACCCUAAAGUCUGGUCUGACCCUCUAGAAUUUUAUCCGGAGAGGUUCCUGCAGAAACAUGUGAAUGUGGAGUUUUGGGGUCAGAGUUUCGAGUUUUUACCAUUUGGAUCAGGACGGAGGUCAUGCCCUGGGAUCACAUUCGCAAUACAGGUGCUGCACUUGACACUUGCUCGAUUGGUUCAUGGGUUUAAAUUGGGAACUGUCUUGGGCUCGCGCGUUGAUAUGACUGAAAGUUCAGGUGUUAGUAACCCGAAAGCAACUCUGCUGGAAGUUACUCUCACACCGCGACUGCCUCCUGCAGUCUACUAAUAAAAUGUCACCUGUAAAUUGUAAUAGCUAUGUAUUCCUUUGAAGGUAAGUAACAACACUGAUGAUCUUUAUUAUAGCACAAAAAGGUGAUCUCCUGUAUCACUUGACAGUAGAAAAAUAAAAAUUCUA